CCAAAAACCAAUUCUCAUUGCUCUCCUGCUGCUCCGCCGCCGCCCGCCGUCGUUCGAUUUUCCUAGCUCAAGUCAAUGGAACACGGUUCAUUUGAAGAUCAAUCUAAAGCAACGUUCUCGUUGACAGAUGAGGACCAUACGCUGGCAAAUGCUGUCAGAUUCACUCUAAAUCAAGAUCCACGAGUAACAUUUUGUGGAUACAGCAUUCCACAUCCCUCCGAUGCACGAGUGAACAUUAGAGUUCAGACUACUGGAGAUCCAGCAAGGGAGGUACUGAACGAUUCAUGUCAGGAUCUAAUGCUUAUCUGUGAGAACGUUAGAGACACAUUUGACAAGGCUAUUUUAAAGUUUAAAACUGAAGCAGGUCUGAGCUCUAUGGAUAUCAAGAAAUAAUCGACAAGAAUUUCAUAUAACCCUCUAUCCAUGUGAAAUCUUGUAACCUUAUUUGCACAAAAGUU